UCCAAGGGGGACCGGUGGACACGCAGCCUCGCGCGGCCCUGGAAGCUGAUGGAGACCCGGGCUCUGGACCCAGGGACUCGGGACUCCUAUGGCGCCACCAGCCACCUCCCCAACAAGGGGGCUCUGGCAAAAGCCAAAAACAACUUCAAAGACCUGAUGUCCAAGCUGACAGAGGGCCAGUAUGUGCUGUGCCGGUGGACAGAUGGACUGUACUACCUCGGGAAGAUCAAGAGGGUCAGCAGCUCUAAGCAGAGCUGCCUUGUGACGUUUGAAGAUAAUUCCAAAUACUGGGUCCUGUGGAAGGACAUUCAGCAUGCUGGUGUCCCAGGGGAGGAGCCCAAGUGCAACAUCUGCCUGGGAAAGACCUCGGGGCCCUUGAACGAGAUCCUCAUCUGCGGGAAGUGUGGCCUGGGUUACCACCAGCAGUGCCACAUCCCCAUGGCGGGCAGCGCCGACAGGCCCCGGCUCACACCUUGGUUCUGCCGACGCUGCAUCUUCGCGCUGGCUGUGCGGAAAGGUGGCGCGCUGAAGAAGGGCGCCAUCGCCAGGACCCUGCAGGCCGUGAAGAUGGUGCUGUCCUACCAGCCCGAGGAGCUCGAGUGGGACUCGCCCCACCGCACCAACCAGCAGCAGUGCUACUGCUACUGCGGAGGCCCCGGAGAGUGGUACCUGCGGAUGCUGCAGUGCUACCGGUGUAGACAGUGGUUCCACGAGGCCUGCACCCAGUGCCUCAACGAGCCCAUGAUGUUUGGAGACCGGUUCUACCUGUUCUUCUGCUCCGUGUGUAACCAGGGCCCAGAGUACAUCGAGAGGCUGCCCCUGCGAUGGGUGGAUGUGGUUCACCUGGCCCUCUACAACCUGGGGGUGCAGAGCAAGAAGAAGUACUUUGACUUUGAGGAGAUUCUGGCCUUUGUCAACCACCACUGGGAGCUCCUGCAGCUCGGCAAGCUCACCAGCACCCCUGUGACAGACCGCGGACCCCAUCUCCUCAACGCUCUGAACAGCUACAAAAGCCGGUUCCUCUGUGGCAAGGAGAUCAAGAAGAAGAAGUGCAUCUUCCGCCUGCGCAUCCGGGUCCCGCCCAACCCGCCCGGGAAGCUGCUGCCUGACAAGGGCCUGGCGCCCACUGAGAAUGGUGCCCCCUCUGAGCUGCGGCGGAGAGGAAAGAGCAAGGCUGGUUUGUUGCCUCAUGAAUUCCAGCAGCAGAAAAGGCGAGUUUAUAGAAGAAAAAGAUCAAAGUUUUUGCUGGAAGAUGCUAUUCCCAGUAGCGACUUCACCUCGGCCUGGAGCACCAACCAUCACCUGGCCAGCAUAUUCGACUUCACCCUGGAUGAGAUCCAGAGCUUAAAGAGUGCCAGCUCAGGCCAGACCUUCUUCUCAGAUGUGGACUCCACUGACGCUGCCAGCACGUCCGGCUCCGCCUCCACCAGCGUCUCCUACGGCUCCAGGCGGACAGUGGGCAGCCGGAAGAGGAAGCUGGCAGCCAAAGCGUAUCUGCCACUGCGGGCGAAGCGGCGGGCAGUCGAGCCAGGUGGACGCUGCCCCUCGGACAGCAGUGCAGAAGGGGUUUCGGGUCCAGAGCGGGCAGACGAAGGCAUCGACAGCCACACCUUUGAGAGCAUCAGUGAAGAUGACUCUUCCUUGUCCCACCUCAAGUCAUCCAUCACCAACUACUUUGGUGCGGCUGGGCGGUUAGCGUGUGGAGAGAAGUACCAGGUGUUGGCUCGCAGAGUCACGCCCGAGGGCAAGGUUCAGUAUCUGGUGGAGUGGGAGGGGACCACCCCUUACUGACUGGCCCCCUGGGGAUGCCAAGAGCCCGGGAAACCAAAGGUGAGACCAUGGAAGCCACAGGCUGCCGCUCUCUGCAGGCUGGAGCAGAGAGGGACCCAAGACAGCAGCAGGCGCCUGGGAGCGCCCUCUUGCCUGUCCAGCCAGCCAGGCCUGUGCCUCACAGGCGGUGCCCAUUCUGCCUCAGGCCUCCUCAGGCUCCUCACUUCUGUCCUGUGUCUCCCAGGUCCCACUGCCGUGCCUCAGUGUCCCCACACGCUCCCCAUCCCCUCAAACUGUAUCUGUUCCUCUGGGCUUGUACCCCUCUGGGUCUGUGACUUUUUCUCGUGGGCUGAAUCUCUCUGUCCCCCAAUUCUGUGUCCUGCACUUUCUCCCGCUUUGGGUGUGAUCACACACCCUAUGUGGGUGUGGCUGUCAUGAGCCCCUGGCUGGGAGGUGUCAGUGCUCUGAGGGGCACACUGUGAGACAGAAACUUGAGAAAGCCUGGGUGAAGGUGCGCCAGAGGAGGCCUCGCCCACCAGCCUGCCCUUGGAAGAGGGGGCGAACAUGGGCGACGCCUCCGUGACAGCCAGGAUGGCGGAGAGCCUGGCUGGUGGGAUCUGAGGAGGCUGGGUCUGCCACAGAGGCCCCGCAGGCCGAUAUGAAGGCUGAGAGUGAGGGCUGCAGUGUCACCUUCUGGGGUCCCAGCAGUGGUCCUUUCCCAGGUCACAGCCCCUUUCAGUCGCUGGCUUAUAGCUGGGCCUGGCCUUACAGACCUGUAGGCCAGGGAGAGGGAGAGGAAAGGGAGCCACAUAGGCCAGCUGCCCCUCAGCAGACCCCCCCAGCCCCACACACCGAACAGUACACUCACUCCACUUGUGCUUUCACCCCCUGGGUGUACAGGCCCCCACACGGAAGUCAGCCUCGCCCUCUUCUUCCUACGGCCGUGUGCUGCCACUGAAUGUGAAAGUCCAGCCUCUGCCCCCGUGUUCAAACCCAUGACCCAGCUUUGACCCCACAGGGAAGCACAGGGGUCCCCAACCCUCUUCCUUUCAUCCCUUGCCCAGCCCUAAAAUUGACAAUCACUUUUGGGACAGGCUGGGGUUAAGGUCCUGUCUGUCCGUCAGUCCCUUCAAUGGGAAACUUAUCAUCAGUGGGAGUAUAAAUAGAAUUCCUAGAAUCAGCAUUUAAACUUGAACCUGUCUGGAUGGAAACCAAAAAUGGGAGGGGAAGGGGACCCCUCAUUUUUGCUGCUUCCAGGUAUUAGAAACUGACUCACUAGAUUGGAAAGUGGAAAGAAGUGCCUUGA